AUGCACAGCAAAGUACCCGUAGGCACGUCCUCACCUCGUCCUCACGUGCAGGUGAAUAAUUACGGGCGAAUUAACUCGCCUGGUGAUGACAUCCGUGAAGCCAUGGCGAAGAACGCGAGCAAGGCGGGAAGAUCUACCGCCGCCUUUGGGGCAAGCUGUGACGGGGACGACGGCGACGAAGAACACGGCGACGACGACAGCGCUUCGGGGGAUGAAUUAGCUCCUGCCGACAUCGAGGAGGACGAAUGGUGGAAUCGGCCGGUCGGGAGUGACGACGAAGUGGAAGAGUGGCGGACUGGUGAUUCGGACAACGACGGAGGUGCCGAUGCUGAUGGUGACCACGCGGAGGCAGCGGCGCAUGCAACGGGAACGACGGUGGAUGCGAAUGCGGAGGCCGAGGCUGUUGCGCCUGCGGAGGUGGCUGCCAUUGCCGAAGCGGAUGCGGAUGCUGUGGCGGAGGCGGAUGAGGUUGCUACAAAGGGAUGUGCUGAUGCCGUCUUAUCUGACAGUGAAAGCUCCGAUGCCGACCCAUUGAGCAUCACGGCGGACGACGAUGUUCCGCUACUAAAGCGGAGGCUGCGCCAUCGCCUACAGUCCAAGCCGAAGCGUGCCCGCGUGGUGCUCUCUGAUGACGACAGUCCGGGGGAGGAGCGUCGACCGAUACUCACCGCUGCAGAGAAGGGUAAAACCAAGGUCGCGGAAGCCCCUACUAAGGCCACUGUUCGUCGCCGUACAAGCAACAAGCGGAAAACCGACGGCGACCCUGGAUCCAGCAAGGGUGCUGCUAAGAAGAAGACGAAGAAGACGCCAAAUCCUGAUGACAACGUGGUCAACGAGACGCUCGGCAGCGACGAUGACUACGCGGAGGCUGCAAGCCCGAUUCCUUUAUUCCCUGAGAAGGCCACGCAGAAAGACCCCACCCUCCAUAAUCCCAACUCCCGUCCACCUUCCUCUCGUAGCAAGGACAGUAUGAAAAGGCAACGUGGAUGGACCGUACGCGAGAAGCUGAAGUUGGCGCGCCGCUAUCAGGAGCUUGGCUCCUUGAAGAAGACAAGCUUGGAAUCAACCGCAUCCAUCGUCUGCAUCAGACGCUGGAGUGCGGAUGCAGCUGCGGGCUUCUACAAGGGAGCGGCGAACUGCCGCAAGCGGGAUGCAUGGGGGGGGGGGCGCCACGCACACUACCCCAACAUGGAGGCGGCGUUGUACAUAUCUGCUUGCAGCGCGCUAAUGGGGUGGCGAUCUCGGUGA